UUCUUGGAGUGCUGGGAAAGUCAAGCAAAAACACAGUGCCACCUCAUCUGUAUACUUGGAGGAAAGUCAACAAUGGCAUCUCCAAGGAAGGUAACUGAGAAGCGGCAUAACCCAGUGGAAAGCAUUUGUAGAAAGAUCAGAGCCAUCCACAAGAGAGAAGCAAUUUCAAAUCCAGUUCAGCAGAUUAUCAAAUACCAGUCUAGCAGUUUUGAUAGCCCACAGACCAACACCAAGAAACAUUUUGAAGAGGUACUGAGGAAAAUGACUGCUGCUUGUGUUCCUACACCUGACUCUCAUUGGUCAAGUUCUGAGGAAGUGGAUGCCUUCAUUUCAUUGCCUCAAAUAAUAUCCCCAAGAACCCCAUCCAUCUCUCACCUCAGCUCCCCUGAGACUGCAACAUACUCUGAUAUUCUCACAAGUUCUGAAAACGUCUUAAAGCCGAAGUCACAGAGCAACAAGAAUUAUACAUCUUUGAUGUCACAGAUCAGAAAAGCAGAGUUUUUCUCUAACAAGGAUUUGAAUAACUAUUGUAGUGAAAAUAAUAUUAGUACCUUAACACUUGACUUUGAUUCCACGUUUGGUCAAAGUUUGAAGUGUUUUGAUCCUCAGGAUUCAGUGGUAAAAAACUUAUCUCUGAAUGGAAAUGGAUGGAAACAAGAAGCUGACGAUGGUAAAGAAGAUGUAACACACAGCAUCAACAGGGCCUGUGAAGAAGAGGCACUCACCAAUAUUUUUAAUGCAUGUGACAUAAAACAGAAAGGCUCAGUAGGAGUGGCCAAAAUAAUUGAUUUCCUGAGACAAACAACUAGCCAAAAUUCUGAAGACAGUGGCCUUGAGCAGUUGUGGAACAUGCUUGAUCCUGAGAAGAGAGACCCACAUGUGGACCUGGAAACUUUCCAGGCGAUGAUGAAAGAAUGGAUGGCUUACUGUGGAAACAAAUGGGAAGGAGUGAAUCAUAGAUUAAGCAGCAUCAUUGAUGAUUCUGUUUUUGAACAGGAUGGCAUAAAAUCAGAUGGAACAAUGAAGAUGAGCACAGAUAUAACAGAUUCUACGUCGGGGAGCUUCGAGGCUUUGGGAGGAGACACAUCUAAAGGAGCCUUAGAGGUGUCUGAUUUGAUUACCUACAUAGCAGACCUUCAUUUCAACAAACAAAAACUUGAAGAAGAAAAUAAUAAGUUUAAGUUGGCUUUAGAAAACCUGGAAGAAACUAACAGCCAGUUAUCAGAGGACUGUACCGAAUUGCGCCUUCGGGUAAAAAGUGCCCACCAGGCUAUUAUGAGAACAAAUCUGUUAAAAGAAGAACUGGAGGAACUGAAACUUAGUAUGAAUGCUUCAGAAGAGCAGAAGAGCAUGAUUGUAGCCCAGAGCAAACAAUUAGAGACAGAAAACCGGGCUCUGAUUCUUAAGAUUGGGAUUCUACAGGAAGAGAAUAUCAAGAACAUCAUGGAUAUAGACAGACUGGAAAAGAAGAUUGAAGACUUGUCUAAAACUGAGACAGAGCACCAAAUGCAGUUACACACAUAUGAGAACACUUUGCUUAAUAAAGAUACAAGUUUGCAGAAGAAAGGCUUAUAUAUAGAAGAACUUAAAUCAACCAUCAUAGAAUAUGGAAGCAUUAUAGAGAAUUUACGAGGGGAUAAAAAUAAACUGGCUCAUGAGUUACAGCACUUGCAACAGGAACUCAUCACAAAUGGGAUCCAGUUGAAUGUUAAUGGAGAGUGUAAUAGUAUCAUCUCUGAAGGAGAAAAAUCUUUACUUUAUGAACUCACUCUUGCUCAGUCUGCAGAGAACACUGACACUGAAAGGCAGCACAAUGCAAUCAACUUGUCAUCUCUGGACGCCAUGAUGGACCAAGAAAUGCUGCUGUUACUAAGAGAGCCUGAGCAAAAAGGAGUGGAAUUCACAACCACUCUUCAGAAGCUGCUCAAAGAAAUUUCUAAAAUUGCAACCCUCAUUGAAAGCUGUCGAUGGUGGGUAAAUAAUCGAGAAAUAACUGUGAAAGAAAAGUGGGAGGAGCAGCUUACUGAAUUCAACAAUAUCAUGGAAGAGAAGCUAGAUCUUUGCAUAUUAAUGCUGAACAUCUUGGGAAAUCACAAAGAGUCUCUUGAUCAAGAAUUUGCCAAAUUAAUAGAGAUUUUGAAGAGAUUCAGGCAGGAAUAUUUUUAUUUCAGAAAAGAAUUUCUUGCCAGUCAGAAACAACUAGAAGCCAUUAAACAACUGCAAGAAGAUGCUGUCAACCAGGAAGGCAUCCUUGGGAAGAGACUCCAAGAAGCCAGCCAAUGGCUGGAGGAUGCGAAGGAGCAGGUAGGGUGGCUCAUGGCUACAUUAGAUUCAGGGGACAUCUCCUUAGAUGCCCUGCAAACCAUGAAAUAAAAAUGGAGGAGGAACAACAACAACAAACAAAAAA